AUGGCUUCUACAUUUUUCAAUAACAAAGCUCGCGCCGCGGCCGCAGCUACAGCGAGCAGCUCCAAAGCUAAGGCUGGCGACAAGAAAGAAGAAAAUACGCGAUUGCAACCCUGGGUUGAGAAAUAUCGACCCAAGACCCUGGACGAUGUCGCUGCCCAAGACCACACCACUAAAGUUCUCCAACGCACUCUCAAUGCUUCCAACCUCCCCCACAUGCUCUACUACGGCCCCCCAGGAACAGGUAAAACAUCUACAAUUCUCGCCCUCGCCAAAUCCCUCUUCGGCCCCGCGCUCUACCGUUCCCGUAUCCUUGAACUGAACGCCUCCGACGAGCGAGGCAUCGGAAUCGUCCGUGACAAAGUCAAAAACUUCGCCCGUGCACAACUCUCCCAACCAACAGGUCUAGAUGCAGAGUACCGAAAACAAUACCCCUGUCCCCCAUUCAAGAUCAUUAUCCUUGAUGAGGCAGAUAGUAUGACACAAGACGCGCAGUCUGCCCUGCGCCGUACAAUGGAAACAUACAGUCGUAUCACCCGAUUCUGUCUCGUGUGUAACUAUGUUACUCGCAUUAUUGAGCCGUUGGCUAGUCGGUGCAGCAAGUUUCGUUUCAAGUCGCUUGAUAAUUCGGCGGCUGGGGCGAGAUUGGAGGGUAUUGCGUCGGCGGAGGAUUUGAAAUUGGAGGAUGGAGUCAUUGAUACGCUUAUUAAGUGUGCGGAGGGUGAUUUGCGUCGUGCUAUUACUUAUUUGCAGAGUGCGGCGAGAUUGGUUGGGGCGCAGAAUGGGAAGGGCGCUGGAGCUGGAGCUGGUGAUGGGGAUGAGGAUAUGUUGGAUGUUGGGGCUGCGGGGUCUGGUGCUAUUACGGUUAAGAGUAUUAAGGAGAUUGCUGGAGUUGUACCAGAAAGUAUUGUUGAUGAGAUUGUUGAGGCUAUGCAGCCGAAUAACUCGUCGGCGUAUGCGGGUGUUUCUAAGGUCAUCACGAACCUUGUAGCUGAUGGGUGGAGUGCUACACAGGUUAUUGGUCAGCUAUAUCGUCGUGUUGUUUUCAGUGAAACUAUCCCGGAUCAGCAGAAGAACAAGAUCGUGCUUGCAUUUUCGGAAAUGGACAAGCGACUUGUUGAUGGAGCUGACGAGCACCUUUCUGUCCUUGAUCUGACGCUGCGUAUAGCUGGAAUCCUACGCGGUGCCUAG